AACCCCAUUUUAUUGAGGACCUAAAACUAGUGAUUGAGACCAUUAACUCGUCAAGAAAAUCUUUAUGGAGGCCAUAAAUUGAACGGAAAGUAGAGCCUAUUCCCCCAUUUCAAAACCAUUGGAGCAUUUCCUGCCUUUUUCCCGGGUCUUCCCCGUGCAACUAUAAUUUGGGAAGUGAAUAGAGACGUCCAUUUCUCAUGCACGGUCGACAGAUUUGUCAUUAAGGAAGUGAAGAGUGGGCGAAAUCUUGUUUUUAAUCUUAAACAUUGCAAACUUUACUGAAGUUUUGACACUUUGACUGCUCUUUUAGGGUUGGAACUCUAAAAUACCUGCAAACCUUCAGCCCCCCUGAGCCAGCUAAUUAGUUUUCAAUGGCUUCAUAACGUAUAACUAUGAAAUAAUGCAGCAGCCAAAACCCAAAGUCAUUAAAGUAAAUAAAAAAAAUAAAGUGAUGUUUUAGUUAGGAAUAUUAAAAAAAACAGAAUUAAAAAAAAAAGAGUGCUUCAUUUAAAUGCUGAAGUAAUAUUUUAAACCUAUAUACCUUUCCAGUGAUUCAUGCCUUUCUUUGCUUUUUUUCUUUCUUUUUUUUUCAUUUGCUCAAUGUUUGUCUCACAUGACAAACGUGUUUCCUGUUUUAUUUUGAAACGUUGUCUCCUGGUGCUGCUUAUAUUAUAUUCUACUUCCUGUCCUUCCUGAUUGGCCUGAUGUGUUUCACCUGUGUUUGAUGAGUUGCCCCUGUUCCACUGCUCCCUCGGUGUCUGGGGCUGCUGUGUUGUGUUUGUCUGGACUCAUUGUUGGAUUAGCUGUUCCUCCUCAUUCCUGCCCCUCCUGCUGUGGAUUUUGUAUUUUGAUUCAGGCAGAGGGACAGUCACAGAAAUGCUGACAGUCUAACAGACUCUCCCUACAUUUGUUUCUCAUCCCGACCAGACAACCACAUCAUCCGAACAGUGCGACACUGAACUGGAGUCACAUUCAGGCGCCUCAUCACCUACUUUGAGUCACUAACGGCAGCACAAAGGUCUCUCUUUUCAGACCAGUCAGCUGUACAUGGAGACCCCCAGCUGGGCAGAAACCAAGCCAGGAAGUGGUCUGUGCAAACCAGGAACCAUUGCUCUGUUUGGUAACGUGGUGUACAGCGGGCUGCUCAACGAGCACUUCUGGCACUUUGGGGUUCCCCUCGUCACCAGACUGGGUAACCAAGAGGCCCCAGCUCCUCCUGAAGCCAUGGCCCAGCCCUUCCCACCAGCCCAGUACCCCGCUCCACCACAGAAUGGGAUCCCUGCCGAGUACGCCACGCCCCACACCCACCCGCCAGCCGACUACACAGGACCCAGCACGGUGGCAGAGCACGCCCUGACCUUGUACACGCCAACACACACACACAGUGAACAGCCGGGAACUGACAGCAACACCCCCACCCUCACAGCCACCACAGUAACGCAGGCAGAGGAGGCUGUACAGACGGAGGGUUCCCAGCAGCUCCACCUGCAGCCCAAUGACUCAUCUGGGAAGCAGCAGCCUAAGAGGUUACAUGUCUCCAACAUUCCUUUCCGCUUCCGAGAUCCCGACCUGCGGCAAAUGUUUGGGCAAUUUGGCAAGAUUUUAGACGUGGAGAUUAUUUUUAACGAGCGAGGCUCCAAGGGCUUUGGGUUUGUAACAUUUGAAACCAGUGCAGAUGCCGAUCGUGCACGGGAGAAACUAAAUGGUACAAUCGUAGAAGGACGGAAAAUAGAGGUCAACAAUGCCACAGCCAGAGUAAUGACCAACAAGAAGGUGGCAAACCCGUACACAAAUGGCUGGAAGCUGAACCCAGUGGUUGGAGCCGUAUAUGGUCCUGAAUUUUAUGCAGUGACAGGUUUUCCAUACCCCAGUACAGGCGCAGCCAUGGCCUAUAGAGGGGCCCAUUUGAGAGGGAGGGGUCGGGCCGUCUACAACACGUUCCGUGCUGCACCUCCUCCUCCACCUAUCCCUGCUUACGGAGCUGUGGUUUACCAGGAUGGCUUUUAUGGGGCAGAAAUAUACGGAGGGUAUGCAGCGUACAGAUAUGCCCAGCCAGCUGGUACUGCUGCAGCUGCUUACAGUGACAGUUAUGGCAGAGUCUAUGCAACAGCAGACCCAUAUCACCACACGAUCGGUCCUGCGGCCACUUACAGUGUAGGCACUAUGUAAAUAAAACAAAGACUAGAGGGAUGAGUUCAGAUGGACAUCAUCUUAAAAAAAAAAGAAGAACAUCAUGGACACAGAAGGACACUAAAAAAGAUGACCUAAAACAAAAGAGCAGAUUUCUAAAGGAGCCCUUCUAUCAAGAAAAGGAAGGGAUCGAGGAGGAUGGAGGAUGUUUCUGGGCCUGCUCCGAGGCCAGGGCCUGAACCAUUGAGCCUGUAGUCCAGGGGGGAAAGGGAUCCUGCUGACCCCUGACAAAAAAAAAACAACAAAGCCUUGCUGGGUGGAGUAGACCGAUUAGAGAGGUCACCAUAAAACAUUUUAUUUUUGUAAACUUUUUUAAGUUUAUGGUUUCCAAAAAAAA